AUUUGUCCAGCCUUUUUUUCUCCAGAAAGUUCUUUCAAAGCAAAUACAUACACGACACCAUGUUUGACGUUUACUUACAAGGUUAUUGUCAUAGCUUUUGCCAUAAACUUAAACUGCUUCCCCUGUGUCACCCACCACUCACCCUGUAGCCAUGGGAGAAGUAGACGCAGCCUUCAUCCAAAGCACCGAGCACCGCCCAAAACUCGCUGUUGUUGAAGCAGACGGUAUUCCACUGAUUGAUCUCUCCGUUCUAAACUCUCCCGACUCGCCUGAGCCCGACGCCGUAGCUGUAAGACCUCUUAUAGCCGAGAUAGGUGAGGCCUGCAAGAACUGGGGUUUCUUCCAGGUGAUCAACCAUGGGGUGCCAUUUAAAUGCCGGAAAAACCUUGAGAUCGCAGCGAGGAAUUUCUUCGCUCUGUCGAAGGAGGAGAAGAAGAAGGUGAGUAGAGAUGAUGAGAACCCUAUGGGGUAUUAUGAUUCUGAGCAUACCAAGAAUGUUAGAGACUGGAAAGAGGUGCUCGAUCUGGUCGUAGAGGAUCCAACACUGCUUCCUGUUUCUCAUGAGCCUGAUGAUAAGGAGCUGAAAGAGUAUAUUAAUCAGUGGCCCGAAUAUCCACCAGAAUUGAGAGAAGAAUGCGAACACUAUGUUGAAGAAGUGCAAAAACUAGCUUACAAAUUGUUGGAACUCAUAUCUUUGAGCUUAGGCCUGCCAGCUAAUCGUCUGAACGGAUUCUUCAAAGACCAAGCCAGCUUCAUCCGGCUCAACUACUAUCCGCCUUGUCCCAUUCCUCACCUUGCUCUUGGGGUUGGCCGACACAAGGAUGGCAGUGCCCUAACCAUCCUCGCUCAAGAUGACAUUGGAGGACUCGAAGUGAAGCGAAAAACAGAUGGAGAGUGGAUUCAGGUCAAACCUACUCAUGAUGCUUAUAUUAUCAAUGUUGGUGACAUUAUUCAGGUUUGGAGUAAUGAUAGGUAUGAAAGUGUGGAGCACAGGGCAUUAGUGAAUUUUGAGAAAGACAGGAUCUCCAUCCCAUUAUUCUUCAACCCCGCUCACUACACCAUUGUGGAACCCUUGGAAGAGUUGACAGAUGAUCAAAACCUUGCCAAGUAUAAGCCAUAUAACUGGGGGAAGUUUUUUGCAACCCAAAAACGCAGUAAUUUCCAAAAACUUGAUGUUGAAAAUAUUCAAAUCUCUCAUUUCAGGCUCUCAGAGAAAUCUGGUUAAAGGGAAGAAUUGUCUUUGUGCAAACAUCAUCAAUACGAGUGUCUUAGCUUUGCCUUCCUAUAAAAUAUUAUCCUCUGUAUAAUUUUAAAUAAUGGAUACUCCUAUAUAGCAAGAUGGAUAUUGAAAUAAAAGUUGCUUGUUGAUUUUCCUUCUUCUCUCCUAUUCUACUUGGGGGUUGUAGUCUAUGAUGUGAUGCAUAAAUCUAACACGAAAUAAUGAGUUGUAAUUGAAUAAUUCAUGAUGUCAAGUUGAAAUUAUACGAUGUGCUAAUACAAAUCAUGCAUAAACGAAUCCG